AAACAUAGUGACUCGGAGGUCAAUGGACCCUUCCUAUGUUCAAUCCAUUUCUGCCAGUCCCUGAGGACCUAAAGGAAUGCAAACACAUUACAUCCACGCAAGAUGAAAGAAGUAAUUAUACUCUCCCUACUGGGGAUUCUGGGAAUGGGAAGGUGCUCUAAAGAUGAAUUAGUGAAUGUUGCUCUGAGGGGCAAAGCAGCCCAAUCCUCCACAAUCUACGGAGGCCCUGCAAAAAGAGCCAUUGAUGGAAUAUGGAACCCGACUUACGAAGAUCACUCCUGCAGCCACACUUUGGGAGAGACCAACCCCUGGUGGAGGGUGGACCUGCUGGAGACUUACCAAGUCACCUCCGUCACCAUCACCAACAGAGAUACUUUAGCAGAGAGGAUCAACGGGGCUGAGAUCCGCAUUGGAAAUUCCCUGGAGAACGAUGGCAACAGUAACCACAGGUGUGCGUUGAUAUCCUCCAUUCCCGCAGGGGGCUCCACCACAUUUCAAUGCCACGGGAUGCAGGGGCAAUACGUCAAUGUGUUCCUCAGAGGAUACAUGCAAUAUCUGACCCUGUGUGAGGUGGAGGUGAAUGCUCAUCCUGCUCCUAUUGAAGAAAUGGGACCAACUCAAGCUUCAGAACUCAACUUAAUUGUUCCUGUUACAGACAAUGUUGCCUUAAAGAAAACUACUCGCCAAUCCUCCCAGUACUCCUACAUGGGGGGCUCUAACAAUGCCGUAGAUGGAAUACGCCUCUCCAUGUACAAAGACAAAUCAUGCAGCCGCACCAAGUCCCAAGUCAACCCAUGGUGGAGGGUGGACUUGCAGCGACCUUACAACGUCACCUCCAUAACAGUCACCAACAUUGAAGACGUUGAUCCAGAGAUGAUCGAUGGUGCUGAGAUCCACAUUGGAAACUCCCUGCAGAAUAAUGGCAACAGCAAUCCAUUGUGCGCUGUGAUCUCCUCAUAUCCCGCGUGGGAGGUCAUGACCUUUCAGUGCAGUGGGAUCGAGGGUCGCUAUGUGAACGUUUUCUUGCCGGGCUGCAAUAAACACCUGUCACUGUGUGAGGUGGAGGUGAAUGUGGGCAGCCGUCCAGAUGUGGACGAACAUCUUUCCUCUGACAGGAGCGUGCAAGAUAUGAAGAGAGGGCAAGACAUUCUAUGCCCAGACCAUAAGACUCGAUAUGAGAAUGCAGCCACUGGCGGGAUAGCCAGUCAGUCGUCGCAGUGGGACAAGUUUGGAGAUGCCAACAAUGCCAUUGACUUGAACUGGACCAACCAGUAUCUGAAGGGGUCCUGCAGCCACACAAAAGCAGAGGUCGACCCCUGGUGGCGGGUGGACCUGAGCAAGACCCACAACGUCACCUACGUCACCAUUACCAACAGAGGGGACUGCUGCUCAGACAGGAUCAGUGGAGCAGAGAUCCACGUUGGGGACUCACUGUUCAACAACGGCAAUAGCAACCCACUGUGUGCCAGGAUUCCAUACAUUCCUGCUGGGCAAAGCAGGACAUUUCCGUGCGGUGGGAUAUCGGGGCGCUAUGUCAACAUUCUCCUCCCAGGAAAAGAAAAGUACUUGACUUUGUGUGAGGUGGAAGUGCAAGCAAGCACCUUUCAGGCAGGCCUGCCUUCAACUGACCCCGAGACAGCUGUUAGAGCUCCAAACCUAAACCUGGCCUGGCUAUGGGAUCUUCUGAGAUCCCUCGGAAGGUCUGCUAUUCGGAAAGAAGAGACCUACAAUCAAAACAAUACAGAUGAAGAAACAUUUGAUCAUGAGAAAAUAUCAUUUGAGACACAACAUCCAGUUGAUACAGUGCCUGAGAAUCUAGCCUCCGGUGGAAUAGCGGUCCAUUCCUCCCAGUACGACAGCCACGGUGCUGCCAGCAAUGCCAUCGACAGAAAGCGUAACCCACUGUACCAUGCUGGCUCCUGCAGCCACACGGAGGCAGAGACCAACCCCUGGUGGAGAGUGGACCUAUUGGACAUAUACCAAGUCACCUUUGUCACCAUCACCAACAGAGGGGACUGCUGUCUCCACAGGAUCAACGGGGCUGAGAUCCGCAUUGGAAACUCCCUGGAGAACAACGGCACGACCAAUCCACUGGCAAAAACAAUUGCCUCCUUUCCAGCCAGUGGUUCUCUCACCUUGGACUUUGACCCAGGCUUUGAAGGACGUUAUGUGACUGUAGUUAUACCAGGCCAGAGAAGACUUCUGACACUCUGCGAAGUGGAGGUUUAUGGCUACCUUGCCCCAACUGGAGAUAAUGUGGCUCUAUUUGGAAAGGCCACCCAGUCGUCGUUGUUCGAGUUUGGCAUUCCAGGCAAUGCUAUUGACGGUAACCGCAAUGCUAUUUGGACAAGUGGGUCCUGCUCCCACACACACCAGGACAUGAAUGCCUGGUGGAGGGUGGACCUUCUGAAGACCUACAAAGUGUUCUCCAUCAUCAUCACCAACACAGUCGACAGUGUUCCCAGCAGACUCAAUGGAGCUGAGAUUCGCAUUGGAAAUUCCCUGGAAAACAACGGCAUCAACAAUCCCAGGUGUGCUGUGAUCUCUAUCUCCGGUGACAAUUCAAGCACCUUCCAGUGUAAUGGCAUGGAGGGUCGAUAUGUCAAUGUGGUCAUUCCAGGGAGGAAGGAGUAUCUGACUUUGUGUGAGGUGGAGGUGUAUGGGUCACCCCUGUAGGGGACUGGGCCUACAUGUAACUAAAUCAGAUCAUUAACUGUUAACAGCACCCUGCAAUAUUUAAUUAAAUUAUUGUCUUACAAAAUAAUUAAUAUUUUUUUGUAUAUUUUCAGUAUGUUAAUUAUUACCAAAAAAAAAGCAUUUACUUUAAGUAUACAAAAACUAAUUUGGUGCACUUUUGGAGAAUUUAUUCCAUAUCCUAAUUAUUGGUUAGAUGGUUAUCUAUCAUACUUAGAAAUACAUAUAAUGCUGUAAUACUAUUGCUAUCAUGUUCAAAUGAAUUAAAGGUGAAAUCUUGGAUCUGGAAGGUUUCGCUUAUGUA